AUAAUUGUUCUUUGUGUUCAUUAAACUCUUCAAAAGGAGAUUGAAAAGGUGCUCCAUGAUAAAUGAAAAAUUGUGACGCCGGCAACUAAAAAUCAUGUUUCGCAAUCAGUAUGACAAUGAUGUUACAGUGUGGAGUCCACAGGGUCGCAUACACCAGAUAGAAUAUGCAAUGGAAGCAGUUAAACAGGGGUCUGCUACCCUGGGUUUAAAGUCUAAAACACAUGCCAUCCUGGUAGCAUUGAAGAGAGCACCAUCAGAAUUAUCAGCAUACCAGAAGAAGAUUUUACCAAUAGAUGACCAUGUUGGUGCUGCUAUAGCGGGACUUACAGCUGAUGCUAGAUUGUUAAGUAACUUUAUGAGAUCUGAGUGUCUGAACUCACGGUACGCCUAUGAUCAAGCCCUUCCAAUCUCAAGACUUGUUUCAGCUAUUGGAAAUAAAUCACAAAUUCUCACCCAGAGAUAUGGUAGACGACCGUUUGGUGUUGGUCUUCUCAUAGCAGGAUAUGAUUCUCAAGGGCCACAUAUAUACCAGACCUGUCCAUCUGCAAACUACUAUGAUUGUAAAGCUAUGGCAAUUGGUGCAAGAUCACAGUCUGCAAGAACAUACGUUGAAAAACACCUUGAUAAAUUUCUGGACUGUUCUUUAGAAGAGUUGAUAGCCCAUGGUCUACGGGCACUCAGGGAUACCCUUCCAUCAGAUAUCAACCUUACCAACAAGAAUUGUUCGCUAGGAGUUGUUGGAAAGGGAAUGGACUUCACAAUAUAUGAUGAUGAGAAAGUAGAUCAAUAUUUAGCUCUGAUAGAGGGAGAGGAAAGGUCAUCGAGAGCUCCCCCACCAGCUGAGGGAGGACAAGAGGGGGAUCAGGAGCCUAUGCAGCAAGAAGGUGAGGGAGGACAGCAGGAGCCGAGACCAGAUGGCCCAGAAGUACAGCAACCGGAGGCGAUGGACCAGUGACCUUGAACUUAUUGUAGAAACUGUUCAAUACUUCUUCAUUCUUACAAUCUGUUAACAUGAUCACUGUGUCUGUAACAUGAUGACCACAAACAUGACUGAAAUGUUUCUUACUAUGUGUAAUAUUGUUACUGCAGACUCAGUGCUGUUUUUCAGUGCACAGUUAUAUGCCUAAAAGUGCUGUUUAGUGUUUUUACUACAAAUGGUUACUAUAUAAAUAUACAGAUGAAAUACGUGGAUUAUGAAAAGAAUCAUUAAAACAGUAAAAAAAACUGCACCAAGUGUAAUAAAGAUAUGAUGUGUAUGGUACAACUAGAUCUUAAUUUUUACAAGUACAUUAUAUGGAAAUACUCUUGUAAGAAAUAUUUCAUUAAUCCUUACCCUGCUAAAUUUCUAAAAUGGACUGGUCCAUCAUUCAAUUUGGGCAGUUUUUUUAAAAUACAUACUUGAAACUUCGUUCAAUCAUUGAAAUGAUAGGUCUGAACCCUUCUCAUUUUUCAACACACUCUUUUAGGAAAGGCAUGGCUACUAUUCAAAGGGAUGUGCAGGCUGAUCUUGGUCUGCUCUGGUCGCAAAGGCAGAAUCACUUGCCCCCAACAGGCUAAAGGUUAAGUUGUUAAGGCAGUUCUGUCAGAAAUAUUUUAUUAAGAAGUUGGCAAGUAUCUCAGAACUAAACUUGCUGACUUACACUUUUUAUUUUGACUGUAUUAUAAAAAAAAAUAUAUGAAAGAAAAUAAGUGAAUUUUCAGGUUUAAUACUGUGAAAAGUCUGUUUUAAAAUUUACAUUAAAAACUUUUAUAUGCAUAAAAUGUAAUCAAAAUUGCAAUUUUCCCAUAGACCAGCAUCAGGAAAACUUGCAGAUCCAAUUUUUUUAAAUCACUCAGAACAUGCAGUUCUACCUUAACAUGCAAAGGAAUACUUUUUGGCAGGUGUUUUUCUUAUUAUAGAAGUAUUUCGCAUACAUAUUAGUUAUAUUGCAAUGCUCUGAACUUCGACCACACAUUGUCAAUACAUAUAGGCAUGAAAACUCAACUUCUGUUCAUUGAUUCAAAGCUUCUUUUUGUUUGAUGUAUUCUUAUGAUUAUGGGUAGUCGUGUCGUAGAAAACGAUUACCAGAAUAUAUGAUUAUAUAACUGUUACAGAUACAUUCAUGUUCAGUCUUACACAUUUUGUGAUAUCAUCUUAUUGUAAUAUGAAAAAAAAUAAAGCCGAAACUUUU